AUGAAGUCAGACUGCCAGACGCAAUUUUACACUUCGACAGAGAGGAGGACGACAACAGGUGUUACUGGUUUAUCUCUCAGACUGGAGAAGAUGAGUGAUUUAAAAGAUGAGGAAGAGGACAGAUCUUCUGUCUCCAGCUGUCUGUCUCUGAAGAGUGAGCGGUCUAAAGGAUUACCUCCAGUCUUCAGUGAUGAACCUGGACCCUCGGACACAAAAGAGAAGAGGAAACGUCCUGUUCCUGUGGAGGAGCAGCUGUUCAGCUGUGCUCUGUGUCAGGGCGUCCUGAAGGAUCCAGUCUCUGCCAGCUGUGGACACUGGUUCUGCAGACAGUGCAUCACCUCAUACUGGGAGCAGCCAACUCCAUCAGGAGACUCCUGCUGUCCCCAGUGUGGAGAAAGAUGCAGUAUUAUACAAACAGAUAGUGGUCUGCAGAAGGUUUUAGAUGAACAUAGGCUCAGUCUGAGGAGGAGAUGUGAACGUGUGACUGAAGGAACUGAUCAAAGUGAAACCCUCCUCAACAGCAUCUUCACUGAGCUCUACAUCACACAAGGCCAGAGUGAAGAGGUUAAUACCCAACAUGAGGUGAGGCAGCUGGAGACAGCUUCCAAGAAGAAGCCCCUCCAUGACACUCCAAUCAAGUGCCAGGACAUCUUUAAAGCCUCACCUGACCAACAGACUCCCAUCAGAGCGGUCCUGACCAACGGAGUCGCUGGAGUUGGAAAAACCUUCUCAGUGCAGAAGUUCACUCUGGACUGGGCCGAGGGUUUGGAAAACCAAGAUGUCAGUCUGGUGAUCCCGCUCUCCUUCAGGGAGCUGAACCUGAUCAAAGGUGAGCAGUACAGUCUUCUCAGGCUGCUCCAUGUUUUCCAUCCAACCUUACAGAAGGUCACAGCAGAGCAGCUGGCUGUCUGCAAAGUGCUGCUCAUCUUUGACGGCCUGGAUGAAAGCAGACUUUCUCUGGACUUCAGUAACAAUGAGGUUGUGUCUGAUGUCUCACAGCAGUCCUCAGUGAACGUGCUGCUGACAAACCUCAUCAGGGGGAAGCUGCUUCCCUCGGCUCUCGUCUGGAUAACUUCCCGACCUGCAGCGUCCAAUCAGAUCCCUCCUGAGUGUGUGGACAGGGUAACAGAAGUACGAGGCUUCACUGACGCCCAGAAGGAGGAGUACUUCAGGAGGACAUCGAGUGAUGAAGGCCUGUCCAGCAGAAUCAUCUCUCACAUCAAGGGCUCCAGGAGCCUCCACAUCAUGUGUCUGAUCCCAGUCUUCUGCUGGAUCACUGCUGCAGUUCUGGACCACAUGUUGACUACAGACCAGAGAGGAGAGCUGCCCCAGACCCUCACUGACAUGUACUCACACUUCCUGCUGGUCCAGACCAAGAGGAAGAAGCAGAAGUAUGAAGAGGGACAUGAGACGAGUCCACAGCAGCUGACGGAGGCUGACAGGGAGGUUCUUUUGAAGCUGGGGAGGCUGGCGUUUGAACAUCUGGAGAAAGGAGACAUCAUGUUCUACCAAGAAGACCUGCAGCGCUGUGGUCUUGAUGUCACCGAGGCCUUGGUGCACUCAGGAGUAUGUACAGAGAUCUUCAAAAGAGAGAGUGUGAUCUUCCAGAAAACAGUCUACUGCUUUGUUCAUAUGAGCAUUCAGGAGUUUCUGGCUGCAGUCUACAUGUUGCACUGUUACACCAACAGAGACACAAAGGUAACGAAGGACUUCCUGCAGGGAGACUGGGACGAAGAAAGUGAUAGCAGUAAUCCGGAUUACCCAUCCCUGGAUGUCUUCCUGAAGAAAGCCAUGGAGAAAUCCCUCAGAAGUCAAAAUGGCCACCUGGACCUGUUUGUCCGCUUUCUCCACGGCCUCUCUCUGGAGUCCAGCCACAGACUCUUAGGAGGCCUUCUUGGUCGCACAGACAUCCGUCCAAAAAUCAUCCAGAGACUCUUCAGAGGCCAGCUGGGUCGCAAAGAAAUCCAGAGAGCCAUCAAGAACCUGAAGGAGAUGAGCAGUGAUGAAAUCUCUCCUGACAGGAGCAUCAACAUCUUCCACUGUCUGACUGAGAUGAAGGACCACUCAGUACAUCAGGAGAUCACAAAGUUCCUGAAAUCAGAGAACAGAUCAGGGAAGAGACUCUCUGAGAUCCAAUGCUCAGCUCUGGCCGACAUGCUGCAGAUGUCAGAGGAGGUUCUGGAGGAGUUGGACCUGAAGAAGUACAACACAUCAGCGGAGGGAAAACGGAGACUGAUUCCAGCUGUGAGGAACUGCAGGAAGGCUGAACUAACUUCCUGUGGACUCUCAGAGACUCACUGUGAAGUCGUGGCCUCAGCUCUGAAGUCUGACCCCUCCCAUCUGAGAGAUCUGGACCUGAGUUACAACAAGCUGCAGGAUUCAGGAGUGGAGCUGCUGAGUUCUGGACUAAAGAGUCCAAACUGCAGACUGGAGACUCUCAGACUGUGGGGCUGCAUGUUGUCAGAGAUCAGCUGUUCUGCUCUGAUCUCUGCCCUGAAGUCCAACCCCUCCCAUCUGAGAGAUCUGGACCUGAGUAACAACAAGCUGCAGGAUUCAGGAGAGAAGCUGCUGAGAGAUCUUCUGGAGAGUCCAGACUGCAGACUGGAGACUCUCAGUCUGUGGAGCUGCAGUUUGUCAGAGAUCAGCUGUGCCGCUCUGGCCUCAGCUCUGAAGUCUGACCCCUCCCAUCUGAGAGAUCUGGACCUGAGUUACAACGAUCUGCAGGAUUCAGGAGUGAAGCUGCUGAGUUCUGGACUAAAGGCUCCAAACUGCAGACUGGAGACUCUCAGACUGAGUGGGUGCAGGUUGUCAGAGAUCAGCUGUUCUGCUCUGGCCUCAGCUCUGAAGUCCAACCCCUCCCGUCUGAGAGAUCUGGACCUGAGUCACAACGCUCUGAAGUAUUCAGGAGUGAAGCUGCUGAGAAAUCUUCUGAAGAGUCCAGACUGCAGACUGGAGACUCUCAGGAUCAAUGACGAGACGAUCAGAGCCAAGAAACAGAAGAGAUGAGACUCGGGUGUCAAACAGGAAGUGAAAACUGGAUCAACUGACGGUAUAAUUUCCGUAAAGCAACAAUCAAUUUCACUUAAGGCUUUUCUUA